CCCGCGCCCCGCGCCCCGCGGAGAGGCCGCCGGCGCGGAGUCCAGCCGCGUCCUCUCCAGCUCCUGCCGCUCCCGGAGCCGCCAUGGCCCCGGCCCUCCGGCUGCGCGCCAGCCGCGUCCUCUGGAUCGCCUGCGCCCUGCACCUGGCCCCCGCGGCGGUGGCCGCAGGCCUGUACGAGCUGCGCCUCGUCUCGGACGGCCCCGUCACCACGGGGGCGGAGGUGAAGGUCACGGCCAGCCUGGAGGCCAAGGACAACGGCAGCCUGGUCCUGCCCGCCGGCUCGCGCGCCUUCCGCUUCCACUGGGUGCACAGCCCGCUGCUGCUCACGGGGAAGACGGACGAGGCUUUCCGGUCCUCCAUCCGCGCCGUGGGCUCCGUGCCCGGGGACUUCCCCGUCUCCGUGUGGGUCACCGCCGCCGACUGCCACGCGUGCAAGCCGGUGGCGCGGAGCCUGGUCGUCCUCUCCUUCACAGAGUCCAUCGUGGGGAAACUCGUCAUCGCCCAGAAUGAGUCCCUGCCCUGGCCCAGCAGCUACCGCUUCAAGAUGGUCUUUAAAGCAUCCUUCCUCCUCCAUGACCCGAGCGACUUCUUCCGGAACGCCUCCUUUCUCUACAACUGGGACUUCGGAGACCGCACCCAGAUGGUGACGGAAGACCCCACCGUCUAUUAUAAACGCUCGAUCAUGGGCACCUUCACCGUGAAGCUCAAAGUGGUGGCCACAUGGGAGCAGGCGGCGCCGGCGGCCGGGAAGGGCCUCGUGCAGAAGACGGGGCACUUCUCGGACUCGAUGAAGCUGCAGGAACACCUUCGGGACAUCCAGGUCGUGGGGCCCAGUCAAAUUGAAGCCUUCCAGGAGGUGACAAUGACCUUGAAAUUCAUGGGGAGCCCCCCGCUGAACGUGUGCUGGAGGGUCCAGUUGGAGUGCUUCCCGCUGAUGGAGGAGGACUGUCGCAGGGAGUCCGUGACCGGCACAGUCUACAACAUGACUGUCAUCCUCAUGGACCCCGGGGACUACUGCAUCAACAUCCGGGGCCAGAACCCUGUCAGCAUUACCUAUGUGUACCACAGGGUCCAGGUGUGGUCCCCCUUCUUCCAGCCGGCUAGCUUUGCUUUCCCUUAUCUCUAUGCCAUACUGACCUCCAUGAUGAUGGGAUUUAUCAUCUUCAUGAUCCUGAAGAAUACUGGUCAACAGAAGGACGUGGUGGAGGUGUCUGACUUUGACUUUCCCCCCAUGUCUGACAAGAACCCGGAGGCCCCCGUGUCUGACAAGGACCCGGAGCCCAAGAACCCGGACCCCCCCGUGUCUGACAAGAACCCGGAGCCCCUUACUGAGGCCAAGUGCUGCCCGGUGUGCUGCGUGCCCUUCCUGCAGGAGACCCCGUCUGAGUACCUGGAGGUCGCCCGAGAGAACCACGAGCUGCUGCCACCCCUCAAUAAGUCUGUCAAAACGUUCACAGUGUGAGCACUCCCCGUCCAGCCUCCGCUUUAACUAACUGCCAACCCCACGCUUUCUGCAGGUGGUGCCUGCCACCCAGCAGGAGGGGUUCAUGUGUGCGGAGCCCUCUGCCCUGGCCAUCCGUCCAUCUGCACAGUCCAGCUGCUGCCACAAGCCCCCUCAGUCACACUCCCCACCCAUCUGUCCAUCUGUCCAACCCAGCCACUGCUGUAAGCACCUCUCAAGUCCUCUCCACCCCUCACCUUUGAAGAGACUGGGUACCUUCUCUCUCCGGGUAUGCUUGGCUGACCCUACCCGAUCCUCCCAUGUUGGCAUGUCUGCUGGCCACGUGUGGUUCGAGCUUUCCUCCCCCAGGUACCCCUGUCUGGGUCAGAGACCUAGGAGGAAGGUCACAAACGAUUAGGGAUACAUCCCAAAAGAUCAUGCAUAGAGACAAGCACACACACACACACACACACACACACACACACACAUACGUGCCACACAGAUAUCUCAGACGAUCUUUGUAUUGUUCAACCGGUUGCUGGGAUGUACCCUGAAUUAGAACGAAGAUGAAAUCUGACCCCCACUUGGCCCCAAUAGCUCCUGGGCCUGGUCCGUCCCUUUGUGAACUGUGUCUGCAGCUACCAGGCCCCAUUCUAAGGACUCCUGCUCCCUGCUUGCUUCCUGGGGGCUGGGAAGGGGCGGGGCUAAUACUUGGUGAGAAGGAAGUGCUUCAUAAAAGCACCUUCUUUCACGGAGGCCCUGUUCCCAUCCACCGAGGAGAAGGCCUUGAAGCAAAAGAGAAAUGGAGUGGGCGUGGACGUGGGAGGGAGGGGAAGGUGGUGUGGCCGCCCAGAUGCCCCCAGAGGAGCCUUGAGAAGGAAGAGGCAGGACUGGACACAAGCCCAGGCCUCUCCCCUGCGAACCAGUGGCUGGGGCAGGCAGAGAAGAGGGAGGGAGCAGGUUAUGGUACAGAGGAGAAGCACGAGGCCCCAGCCCACCGUGCAGGGGUGCCGGGAGCCACGUGGGCCUGUCUGGUGGGGGGAGGGCAGGGCGUGGGGGCCGCACUCUGUGGCUGUGAUUGUUGGCUCUCAGACUUUGCACAGAAAACACACCCGUGCAGCUGGUCCUCUGAAACACCACCAUUGUUACUGAAUAAAGCUCGUGUGCUCUGACUAUAACCACGCA